UUGGAGCUAAAGGUUUGCCAAAGGGGCCACGACCCACAGAUUGAGAAUCACUGCUUUAAAAGAUUAAAACAAGGCAAAAGCAAUAAAUAUCUCAGAAACCCUAUAUCAUUUAUUUGCAUGUUUAUAAGAAAUUGACAGUGACCAAAUAUAUAAAGUUCGCGUUAUGGAUCUCACUGAUUUUUAUGCUCAUUUGGUCACAGUCCUAAUUUACUAUUCUAUGUAAAUUUCAAACUUAAUUUUGUCAGAAAUGUUUAUUAAUGUGACAAUUGUAGAGUAUUCUUACAUAUGCUUUGAGGUUUUUACAAAGAGUCAGCUGCAGAUUUUUUUUUUAAGUUUAAUGUGCUACCUACAACCAUUUUUUUAUGGCUCAAUGAUUGAAUCAUCUUAUGAGCACACCCAAACUACCUAUAGCCACAGUGGAAACAUUUAAGCCAAUACAUUUACAGUGUGCUCUGAGCUCUUACCUAAUUGGCUGCUUGGUCCUUUAUGUCACAAUCACCUCAUGCAACAACAGCAAGCAGUUUCUAAAGUUACAGUGGUGAGACAGGGAUUUCUUUACUAUCUAAAGUUUUUCUCUCUAAUAAAACAUCUGAAACUCAGGACAUCUUUCGAAAUCUCUUGCUGAAACAUGUUGGAAGACGGCGGAUCUUGUUUUCACCCAGAAGAUAUUUCUUCCUUCCUCAUUUUGAAUUGAUUGUCAACAGAUGUGGCAGCCACACGCUUUGGUUGGGUUGGCUCUUAAAGUCAUUGGUGAAAGACAGAGAUGAAUCCCCUUCAUACCGGCACUUGGCAAAACAGCGCCGCAUCUUUCUGGCUUCUGAAAUUCGGUUUGUUUUGGCUCCUCGGUCAGAAGUGCUGCACAGCAAGUGCGGUUUGGACUGCUUACAUGAACAUCUCAUUUCACGUGGGGAACCGCAUGUUGUCAGAGCUAGGGGAGACCGGGGUCUUCGGAAGAAGUUCCAACUUGAAGAAAGUAGCAGGAGUCGUCGUGCCACCAGAGGGAAAAACUCAGAAUGCUUGUGAUCCCAAUACCGGUUUCAUCCGGCCGCAGAACAACGAGCCCUGGAUUGCACUCAUUGAACGAGGAGGUUGCACUUUCACACAGAAAAUUAAGGUGGCUUCUGAGAAUGGAGCCAAAGGAGUGAUAAUCUAUAACUUUCCAGGUACUGGCAACCAGGUUUUCCCCAUGUCUCACCAGGCAUUUGAAGACACCAUCGUAGUUAUGAUUGGUAACUUAAAAGGCAUGGAAAUUUUGCAUUUAAUUCGGAAGGGGGUUCUGGUUACAGUCGUGGUUGAGGUGGGGAGAAAGCAUAUUAUCUGGCUGAAUCACUAUUUUGUCUCCUUUAUGAUCGUGACAACCGCUACUUUAGCAUAUUUCGCCUUUUAUCAUAUUCGGAGACUCUGGGUUGCAAGGAUUGAGACCAGGAGAUGGAAGCGGUUAACAAGAGAGCUCAAGAAAGCUUUUGGCCAGCUGCAAGUUCGAGUAUUAAAAGAGGGCGAUGAGGAAGUAAAUCCGAAUGCGGAUAGCUGCGUCAUCUGCUUUGAACACUAUAAGCCUAAUGAUACAGUUCGUUUUCUCACGUGUAAACAUUUUUUCCACAAGAAUUGCAUCGACCCCUGGAUCCUAGCCCAUGGCACUUGCCCCAUGUGCAAAUGUGACAUUCUGAAAGCUCUGGGGAUUCAAAUGGACAUUGAGGAUGGAACGGAUUCUCUGCAAGUUCUGAUGGCAAGUGAGCUGCCUGAAACCUUUCCACCUAUGGAAGAAGAGACAAAUAAUGAACUUCCUCUUGCAGGAACUUCAGGAAAAGUGACCCAUGUCCAGGAGCACCCUACUUCUGCAAACUCUGAUAGCCAGCCUCCUUCAGAGGAAACUGGCCAUCCUUCAACUGGACAGCAUGACCUUUGAGCAAGUGGAUUAAACCUGUUUGUCAAGUCAGAUCCUCAUACUGACAAGCAGUUUGCUUGAA